CUCGUCGUCCAGUGUUCGGUGUGGUUGAUUUCAGUGUUUCUCGUGCUUUUUUAAAAUGAUAAUUGAAGAUGCCUGCCAAGGGGACACGAAAAAGGAAAUUGAAGGAACGUGCAUCAUUGGAGAAGAACGAAAAUAUUGGGCCAAUUAAGGAUCAAAUUUUGUAUGCCUCGAUAAGUGUCCUUGAUAGCCAAAAGAUGAGUGUUACCGUUAAAAGAGAUCUUCUUUUAUUGGAAGAACUCCAGCGAAAAGUUACCUGCCACAGAAAGAGUACUGCGUGCAUCAAAUAAUGGUCGCUCCUCAUCCCUGAAAAUUCUCGAAGAUGGUGCAGAGAAGGAUGUUGUCAUUGCAAAAACUUCAUAUGACCUAUUGCAACUGAGGAAGUCCUUGGAGAAUGUAAGGAGGCCAUUGAAACCAAAGUUAACCUGGGAACCAACGCAGUCGGUGAAGUCUUCAACAAUGAAGAUUGUUCCUCAGAUGGUUAAAAUUUCAGAAUACAACAAAGAGAAAAGCGUAGAAGAAUCAGACCGUCGCCGCGAUUCCGCCAUGCAGCAAGAUGGAAUUCUGCAGAGCCCCAAUAGCCGUGAAAACCAGGGAGAAAUCGAAGUUGCUUCAGCGAGAGAUGAGCCGGUAGCUGUCAUCAGAAGCAAUGUGCCAGUUUUGCCACAUGAUGCAGUCAACAUUCCUGUCCAGAAGAUGCAGGACAAAGAACCAAUCCUUCAACAGGGUCAGCCUACUUCUGAAUUGUCGAAUAUUGAUGCUCAAAUUGAUGAAUUUCUCCUGUCUUCAUCACCACCUGGCGAAGAUCUCGCAAAGCUUGCAGAUUUACUAGUGCAGAAAUCGAAAACUCAGUCGAUCCCUUCGCAGGUUUCAAAGAAUGAUGAUAAUCAAUCCAAGAAAAAACCUCGAGUUGUUGAAGGACACAGACUGCCAUCUGGUGAUAAUCGUACGGCUCAUGUUAUGGCAAUUACUGGCAAAAAGGCCUUUGCAACAACUUCCGGCGGGAAGAAAUCGGUGAAUCAGUCCAAUCCAAAAUUCGUGUCGCAUCAAAAUCCUUCGAGCAGUUCAACGCAGGAAGCUUGCAUUGAACAACUCGAAAAAAAUCUCAAGGAGUUAUCCGAAGAGAAUGGAGAGUUGAUGAAGGCAAGAGAUAGUGAUGCAGAUGUAAUUGAACGAUAUAAAAAAAAUUUUCAUAAGCGUAAAACGACGGUAACAAAAGACGAUCACCUGGUUGACGUAAUAGAGGAGAAAAUUGAAGAAACUAUUAAAGAUGCAUUUGCAGAACACCAGCAGCAGCACAUUUUUGAAAUUCCCAAAGCUCAGCAAGAAUAUCUGCUCUCUGAUCUGUUCAUCAAGAGUCUGCUGAAAGAAUUGACCCCACAAGACAUGUGCUACAGAGUAGUGCAGAACCUUUGGGAUCGGGAGACACGUAAUGUAAUUCGGUAUAACCAGCCUCGGGAGAAACCGAAGGGAUUCAGGUUCGUCGACCCCAAGGAAACCCAACUGAUGGCCUAUUCUCGAAAUAUUUUCGUGCGCGGAAUCGACUCCGUUGACGGAACGCCUAUAUGA